AGCCCCAUGAGAUCCAGUGUGGAGAUCUUGGGCCGUGAACCCCUCACCUGCCCAGCUUCCCGAUCUGCAGCCCCCACCUCCUCCAUACCUUUGCCCGCCAGUUUUUGGUGAAAUGUGGGAAGCUGCUGAGAAAUUAUGUCAGCCUGAGGAUUUGUCUGGUGGUCUUCCCUAAGGUUUUCAGUGGCAUGACCCCUGAGCGGCCUGCAAGCGAGAAUCACUUUGUAUCCAGGUCCCAUAAUGCCACAGAACAAUGAAAGGCCAGCGAAGAGCUCUGCUUGGCAAAAGAGGCCCCUUGCCAGCCUUCUCAGAGAAGUGGGCGGCUGGGUUUGAGGGCCUUAAGAAGUUCUGCCUUUUACAUGCCAAGCAGGAGACCCGGAGCACCUGGCACAGGUUAUAUCGGUCCCUUCAGCGUCGGAGGAAGGCACUGCGGCUCCAGAGGAAGCGGGGCCAGAAAACGGUUCUGGCUGCUAAGGCCCGUGCCGCUCCGGCUGCUCCACAUAGCCACUCUGCCCCUGGCACCGUGAAAAGAAAGGGCACCGUGAGCCCCCACAUCCGGGGGCCCCUCGUUGGAAGCCUGCCGGCAUCCGUUGAGAACUCCGCCCAGGAAUGCCAGCCAGAGGAGGAGCUCCAGAAGGCAGCAGCUGGCUUGCCAGUAGGCAGUGUGUUGGGUCAGGCCAAUGGGUGUAGGCAGAGGACUGACCACCAGGAUCCUGGCAGGCUUAGGACAGCCAGUGGGGAGGGCCAGGUGGAGAGCAGCCCCACCUUAGUCACCUUGAGGAACCAUAAGGGAAAUGGUUGUUACUGUAGCUGCUACCAAGGGCUGGACCCAAACAGAAUGGAGCCAGAGCAGCCAUCCCUGAUUCCGGGAAGGCCCCAGUUCAGCCACCGCAGGGGGAAAAGGAUAUCACUGCUUCGGGUGUAUAAGAAACUGUCCAUGAUUAGGUUUCGGUACCGGAUCCUGAGAUCCCCACAGUUUAAAUCAAGGAGCAGAGCGUGUAAGCUUCGGAAAGGCCAGCAGCGGAGCUGGAUGCAGAAGGUCGCCAGGGACUGUCGGGACAAGCGCCAGAAAGGCUGCGAGGGGGGUACUUGUAGCUCAUUCCCUCACUCAGGACCCACCAGCCCCUCUCACCUCCCUCAGCCUCCCUUCCCAGAUAUGGACUGCAGUGCCCCAGGGCCCACCGCAAAGGGAAAGAACUCACGUACACCCAGUGGCCCAGCCAGAGGAAGCCCUGGGUCAGGCCCAGAGCCUUGUGGGGGGGAGACCCUCCCCAGCCAGCAGAAUGGCAACGUUGCCCACUUCACUGGACUGACCGGUGAGAUCCUCUCACUGGGGCCACACUCCAGGGACCUUUUCAUAUCAGAAACUGAACCAGAAACCAUAACAGUGGGGCAGAAUGAUCAGGCAAAGGACGUCGGGGAUGACAAGAUAAAGCUGCCUCUGCCUGCCCAGCCUGAGAAGACACCAAGUGGUAACGAGCUCCCCGGGGAAGAGCCUGCGUCCACAAAGACUGUGCAGGACGUGGGGAAUCCGUGCCACAUGGAGGCGGAGGCUCCCCGCCCCCGGAACAUCUUCAGUGCCAAGUUACUGGACCACCCGUACUGUAAAAACCCCCUGGAGGCCCCCUCACAACAAACCAGACUCAAAGGGGGCCGGCAAGUGGGAGGUGGAAAGAGUGGUCAGAAAGCAUCGCCUGUGAAGGACGAAGAGCUGUCCUCCUGCCUCUGUGGAUUCCUGGAUGAGGUGAUGAAGAAGUAUGGCAGCUUGGUCCCCCUCUGUGAAAAAGAUGUUCUCGGAAGGCUGAAAGAGGUCUUUAAUGAAGACUUUUCCAAUAGAAAGCCAUUUAUCAAUCGGGAAAUCACUAACUACCGGGCCAGGCAUCCCAAAUCUUCCAGUUGCAACUUCCGGGUGUUCUACAACAGGCACAUGCUGGACAUGGAUGACCUGGCGACGCUGGACGGUCAGAACUGGCUGAAUGACCAGGUAAUCAAUAUGUAUGGUGAGCUGAUAAUGGACGCUGUUCCAGACAAGGUUCACUUCUUCAACAGCUUUUUCCAUAGACAGCUGGUAACCAAAGGAUACAAUGGAGUAAAAAGAUGGACCAAAAAGGUGGAUUUGUUCAAAAAGAGCCUUCUCUUGAUUCCCAUUCACCUGGAGGUCCAUUGGUCUCUCAUUACUGUGACCCUCUCAAAUCGAAUUAUUUCCUUUUAUGACUCCCAAGGCAUUCAUUUUAAGUUUUGUGUAGAGAAUAUAAGAAAGUAUUUGCUGACUGAAGCAAGAGAAAAAAAUCGACCCGAGUUUCUGCAGGGUUGGCAGACGGCUGUUACAAAGUGCAUUCCACAACAGAAAAACGACAGUGACUGUGGAGUCUUUGUGCUCCAGUACUGCAAGUGCCUGGCCUUUGAGCGGCCCUUCCAGUUCUCCCAAGAAGACAUGCCGCGCGUUCGGAGAAGGAUUUACAAGGAGCUGUGCGAGCGCCGGCUCUUGGACUGACUCAGAGCAGCCGCCGUGGCCGGCCAGGCCCCGCUGACAAAGGCGCCGUGUUACCCGGACCUCUGACCACUUUCGCAUAUUCCCAGAUGUCUCAGACCGGUGGCGUCCCACCACUCGGCUUACCUCAGCUUGGUUUUUCUCCCCUGACUUGUUUCUUCAGCUACCGUGUCAUAUUUCUUAAUGUCCAGUUUUGUUCCUUUCUGAUUUGUGGAUUUCUUUCUUGUAUUUAAUAUUUAUUAUAUGCACGCAUGCACAUAGACCAGGCAUGCAGUACAGAAUAUUAAAAACAAAAACAAACAAACUCGUAGACUGGGUGCACCUUUUAAACGUAGCUAGAAUGAAAUGAGUCCAGAUUUAAUAGGUAGGCUCAGAACCUAAAGAUGCAGGAUCUGUCUUCCAAUUCCGUGCAGUUGAGACCAUGCAGCUUUCCCGGGGUCCUACAGGAGACCAGACAGGACCGUUUCUGACACGUCCUGAGCAAAGCCCCUGGUGUUACCAGCACCCUUCUUCUUCCCUCGUCUUGUCUGAGGCUUUGAGGUCCCUCCCCUGGGAAGGUUGGGAUGGAAACCCCAGGAAGGAGCUGGGAGUAAGCCCACCCACGAGGCUUCCUUGACGCAGCUGAGACCUUGUGUUAAACCGAGCCAAACCCUGGGCUCUUUUGUUUCUUACUGAGAGUUUGUUACUUACUGCAUGACUGUUACUGUAUGUGCCCUCGUCCUGUGUAGCAAAAAUGAGGCUUCAGACACUGGAAUGCCGAGACGAUGGGAUGGACGUGAUGCUGCCCUGGCAGCGGGCAUCGUUGCUAGCCAGUGCCCGAGGGCACACUUGGGGUGGGGGGCAGUAUUUUGAAGGUGAGAGGUGUUUAAAUCAAGAAAAACUGUGUUCAGAGACGCCUUUUGUGCUUAAAUAGCUGAGACUUCUGUUGGGCAGGAGGUGCCUGUGGCAACUGAACUAAUUCCCUGGGCACUUUUUUCUCUGUCCCUUUUUGGCAUCACAUUUUAACAUUUGAAAAGCAGACCUGUGUGUGAUAAGCCCAGUCAGGUGGGGAUUCUCUGCCAGCUGGUCCUCUCUGAGUCGCCCUCUGCCUUACGUUCGCUGCCUGGUGUGUCUCCGUAGAGAUGGAAACAGUGAAUGAAGAUCAUUGUAUAUCUUUGCACUUCAGAAGUGACGUGAUACUUGUUUAUGCUUGAACAUAAAUUCAUUCCUGGUUUGUUGUUGGGUUUUGUUUUUGUUUUUUUUUGUUUGUUUGUUUGUUUUUAAGAAAGGAUCUCCUGGUACGUGUCUAGUAAUUGAACUGCAGGAUUUUUGCUUUUCAUAUUACGACACUACGAUGGACUGGAGAGGACCUGGCCUGAGGGGGAAGGGGUGUGGAGUACUUAAUUUGGGUUUUCCUUUUUGUUUUUUUGGCCCUGUUCAGAGAGGCCAAGGCGGACCGGUCCUCUUCAGCAGGCAGCUCCAUUUCUGGGCUCUCUUAUUCAUUCCCCCCUGUCCUGUUAGGUAACCCUUUCCCUGGUCUAACUCCCCCCACCUCAGCAUUCUUGGGGGUGUCAAGUACGAGAAAUGAACCCAGCUUUGGAUGUGGAGAAAAGCAGAUCUUGCAUAUUUAAUCUGGCUCUUUGUAACAUGUGUCUUUACAUGAAAAGGGAAAAUAAUUAGAUGCAUGUUGAACCUAUUGAGUUGUCUGUUUUGAAAGGUUAAAACAAAUCCAGUGUGUGUAUAUAGAUACCCAGAAGCUUGUGUAGAAAAGUGCUAAGUAAAUUCCAGAUUAUACUUGAAUUCAUGCCCCAGGUGUAUAUCAGGUGUUGAAAAUGAACAAAAUAAUGCAGUUUAACGUCCCCACAAGGUGCACCUGAAGGGGGCUGCUGGCCACGGAAGAGGGUGGGGGGAAGCUUAUACCCAGGGCUGCCAUGGACCAGGGGCACUUGUCCCUAGCACUGUCUCCCCAGUGUUUUACACUGGAAUCUGUCCCAUCCCCAGUUGGGUCUUGUCCCAGGGAAGAUCCCACGUCAGCAGAGCAUGGGGCGUGGGCCCGGUAGAGAUAGCCUCGUGGGUGCUGCCAGGCUGCAAGGAGGGUGAUGGCAGCACCAAGGAAAGGAGAUUUUAUCAAUCAGUGUAACAAAUUGCGUUGAGUUAAUCUUGGUUUGCCUUCCCAGCCUCCCCCGUAUGUUUGCCCCCUACCCUCAUAUCUGUUUAUAGUUUUUCAGGACUCACAACAGUUUCUGUGUGAGAGGUUUUGCUCUCGUACCCCAAGCCUCUUUGUUGGCUAAACCAAAGUAUGACCAUUGGAUAGUCCAGAAGGCCUUUUUUACCCUCAAACCCAGAGCCCUCCAAAAGCCUCCCCCACAGUUCUAGCCUUGAGAAGGGCAGUACAGAGCCAUUCUGGCAUGAUUAGAGCAGAUGCCAGGCUGUUCUUGGCUGUUACAUGGGAAAUGCCCAACACGCUGUUCACAAGGUGUGCCCCAUUGACAGUGGAAUCUACCAGGACAGGUUACUGUUUCUUUUCCACUGACUAGCGCACGUGCCACCAAAGAUUUCAGAUUCUGGUGUUGAGGAGAGCAAGGACGUUUUGGCCGAGGGUCAGAUACUCAAAUGGCUGUUGAGGAGGGCUUUGUUUGCCUGGUUGUUCAGCCCUUGCCAUCCCUUAGAUUCUGCCGGUUUCCAUGUGGGUGUAUUGACUCACUAGGUCAGUGACCUAGAUUAGAACAGUGUCCUUCAUCCUCCUGAUGUGUUAGCAAUCCUUGUUCCCUGCCGGCAGGGAUGCUCUGAAAUAGACCCCCAGCUCUGAAGGGCAGGAGAGCUGUCGGAUCACUGUGCACCCGGCCCCGAAAUGCCUUCCGAUGCUCUCUUGCCUGGGUCAAUCCAUGUUAGUGCGGGCUUUGUAUUUCAGGAACAACAGUACUUAGUGCAAACUGAGAAAGCACAUGGGCUCUGAGCAGCCAGGCUCAGACUUACCAUGUGCUCCUCUGGCUGCCGCCAUGAUUUUUCCCCCGAGUUUGCCUUCUGAUAAAUCUAUAGGGAAGACUAUGAAACUCAACCAAUACUAGUUCAGUGUUUUGCUCACGGAAACUCUGUACGAUCCACUCUUAUUUAACCCCGUGGAGAGGGUACAUUGGUGAAAAGAAUCCCCAAAACAUUUCCUGUUGACUUUGUCGUGUUUCUUCUCCUUAUUUUAAAUAGGGGAUUCUGGGGUCCUUGAAUCACCACACCCAUAGGGGGAGACCCGACUCGGGGGGGAGCCAGACAUUUGGCUUGCUGUCCAUUACUAGACUAGCGACAGCAGAAAGCUUGGCUGCCCUUUCAGAAUGGGGUUUGGUCAGGCAUUCCCUGGAUUGGAGGAGAAUGGUACCUGUCCUGCUGGACCGUUUGUAUGGGGAGGGAACACAAAGGCAACUUGCCGUUCUGCUUACGGCUUCAUUCUGGGAAUCUCAAAGCUCGAUGGGCGGUGGUACCCCAGGAGGAGAAUAAUUGUGAAUUGACAGUGGAUAAGGAAGAGGCAGAGAAGGCCCUCAGGGGAAGAAGCUGCUUCACAGAGACUAGAAAAUUGGAAAGGUCCAUUUGCAGGCACUUGGUCUUCAGAGAGAUGAAUUUUUACCCAGUGAAUCAGACGAAACUACACAUACUGUAGAUAAAGGCUAUGAUGAUGUAAAAUUCCAAUAUCAAACAUGUAGUAAAAAGUGAAAUGUUGGGGGGGGGAAACUUGGUAAAAUAUUUUUGAGAAAUAAACUAAUGACUUUAUAAA